AUGUACUUUCGCAUGCAAGAAGUUAGAUCAUUGUUAAAGCUUGGUUUAGAUGAUCAUGAAGUUCGUUUUGUGGGCAUAUUUGGGAUGAAUAGAGUGGGCAAAACAACCUUAGCCAAAGCCAUUUAUAACAUAUUUCAUUCUGAAUUUGGUAGUAAUAGAAGUUUUCUUGAGAAUAUUAGACAGAUAUGGGAUCGACCACAUUGUAGGGUUCGCUUGCAGAAACGACUUCUAUGUCAUAUCUUAAGAAAGAAAGUAGAUUGGGUAGAUAGUUUUGAUAAAGGAAUCCGGGUAAUAAAAGAUACAAUUAGUGGCAAAACCGUACUUGUCAUUGUUGAUGAUGCAGAUCACGGGGACCAAUUAAACGCCCUCGCCGGAAGUCGUGAUUGGUUUGGUCCAGGUAGCAUAAUUAUUAUAACAAGAAGAAAUCAGCAGUUACUGAAGGAGCUUAAUGUGGAUGCUACAUUUAUGGUUCCAGAAAUGAACGAAAUUGAAUCUCUUGAGCUCUUUAGUUGGCACACCUUGGGGGAAAGACAAUCGAAUGAAAAAUACAUUUGA